GAGAAAUUCUAUAAAGGCAGCUGGAGAUCGAGAAUUCAGCGGAACGCUCGUCGACCCCUCUCUCUCUCUCUCUCUCUAGAAGUUUCUCUCUCUUCUUCCUCUCUCUCUACUGCGCUCCGGUAGCGUCCUCGAUCGCCGCCGGCGAUUGGAAUUGAUCGGAGCUCCUCGGAGUGCCGGGGGGAAAGGCUUUUCCCGCGAUCGUCGAUCAAUCGGGAUCGGUCUCGAUCGAGCCUCGAGCAGUCCUUUUUUUUUUCUUCGAAAGAGAGAGAGAGAGACAGACGGGGACGGUUUUGAUAUCGGUGGGAAAAACUCGAAGCGCAUGAGCUGGUUGGGGAAGCUGGGUAUCCUGAAUUCGAACUCGAACCAUUUCACCACCUGCCUCCUGAUCUUCAUCCUCCAUUUCUCCCCUCAGUUGCCGCCGUGCCUCUUCAAAUUCGAGAACAAGUCGCUGGACCCUUUAUUAAGACCGUCGAGUUCGAUUCGCGCCGGCAGUAGCGGCAGCAGCGGUAGUAGUGAUAGAAGGAGCGGUGACGAUUGUCGGUAUGGAGUCUGGAAACAGGAGUAAUCGCCAAUUGAGCUCAGCUUUGUGCUAUUCAUCUAGUACAAAAGGAGGACAGGCAAGGUCACCAUCAGUAAUUGUAAUAGGAGGUGGCAUUGCUGGACUAGCUGCUGCUCGCGCCCUUUACGAUGCCUCAUUUCAGGUCCUUUUGCUGGAGUCACGUGACAGACUUGGUGGUCGAGUUCAUACUGACUACUCUUGUGGCUUUCCUGUGGAUCUUGGGGCCUCAUGGUUGCAUGGGGUGUGCGAAGAGAAUCCUUUGGCGCCAUUGAUAGGGAGGUUGGGUUUACCUCUGUACCGAACCAGCGGUGAUAACUCCGUCUUGUAUGACCAUGACUUGGAAAGUUAUGCACUCUUUGACAUGGAUGGCAAGCAAGUUCCUCAAGAAUUGGUUGUUGAAGUUGGCAAAAUAUUUGAGAGUAUCUUGAAUGAGGCGAACAAAGUAAGGGAAGAGUACAGUGAAGACAUGUCCAUACAACAGGCUUUCUCUCUAGUUUUUGAACGGAGGCCAGAUUUAAGGUUGGAAGGGCUUGAAUUCAAGGUACUACAGUGGUAUCUUUGCAGAAUGGAAGGCUGGUUUGCUACAGAUGCUGAUAACAUCUCUCUGAAAGGCUGGGAUCAGGAAGAAUUGCUGCCUGGUGGACAUGGAUUGAUGGUUAGGGGUUAUCUACCUGUUAUAAACACCCUCGCUAAAGGUCUCGAUGUCCGCUUGGGCCACAGAGUUACCAACAUUGUGAGGCGUUACAAUGGAGUGAAGGUAACUGUAGAAGAUGGGAGAACGUUUGCUGCGGAUGCUGCAAUUGUUGCUGUGCCUCUUGGUGUACUGAAAUCCCAAAGCAUUAGGUUUGAGCCUAAGCUACCUGAUUGGAAGGAAGCAGCAAUUGCGGAUCUUGGUGUUGGGAUUGAGAACAAGAUUGUGUUGCAUUUUGAAAAGGUGUUUUGGCCCAAUGUGGAAUUUCUGGGAGUGGUUGCUGAUUCAUCUUAUGGGUGCAGCUACUUUCUAAAUCUUCACAAGGCAACGGGUCAUUCUGUUCUUGUUUAUAUGCCUGCUGGGCAGCUGGCUAAAGACAUCGAGAAGAUGUCUGAUGAAGCAGCAGCUAAUUUUGCUUUCGUGCAACUAAAGAAGAUCCUUCCUGAUGCUUCUUCCCCGAUUCGGCAUCUUGUGUCUCAUUGGGGUACAGAUAUUAACUCACUUGGGUCAUAUAGCUAUGGUGCAGUGGGGAAGCCCCAUGAUCUUUCUGAAAAACUAAGAAUCCCGGUGGAUAACCUAUUCUUUGCUGGAGAGGCAACAAGUUUGAGUUACCCAGGAUCUGUGCAUGGCGCAUUCUCUACCGGUCUGAUGGCUGCGGAAGAUUGCCGAAUGCGGGUUUUGGAGCGGUAUGGGGAAUUGGAUCUCUUCCACCCAGUAAUGGGUGAGGAGGCUUCCAUCUCUGUCCCUCUCUUGAUCUCCCGUAUGUAAUUCCAGGGCUGCCUCUCUACUCUUAACUAUGAGCGUAUCGUGUCGUCUUUGUUUGUGUCCGUGGGAUAUGGCUAACACAUCAUUGCCAAUUUGAUUGGCAUAGUGGGAAAUGUCUUGGAAAAUCAGCGUUUUCCAUUACUUUGAUCAAUCAAACUUGUCGCUAAUGUGUAGUGGCUUCUUCUAUGUAGUGUUGACUCUGGAGAUAUAAUGAAUGAAGGACGGCAUUUAGUGUUGGAAUA